AUGUCGAGUGCACGUCGCACGACAACUCGACCUAAAAAGCUUCAAUCUCGACAGCAUAUUCAGAUAGUCCGCGAAGACCAAAUUGAAAAUGUUGUUGACGUUGAUUCUGGUCGCGGUCCUGUUGAGACUGGCGUCGAGAAAGCUGAAGAAGCUGAAUACCAUCUUCAGCAGGCAAUCAAAGCAUCACAAGCCGCCAAGGAUGGUGCCGUGCCAGACGGAUACAUCCCAACUCCACCUACCAUUGCUAGUGACAUCCAGUAUGACGUCCUGUACACCAAAGGAUGGCAGCAGCCAGCAACAUACAUCCGGUCGUCAGCUACAGUCGAGGACUGUGCAGGUACGCCGUAUUGCAUGGAUGAGGAGGAUGAGCUGGCAUUGAAGCUCAUCAACGCCAAGUUGCAGCCAAAUCAACCUCAAAUCAGCGAGGACCAGUUUGAGGAUGUCAUGAACUUCUUCGAACAAUCCGCUCAUACCAAACAACCGUAUGCUGCCGUCGAUAGUCCACCUGUGCUCUCACUCGAUGAGCUGCAGGAGCAAUUUGACGAAAGUCAUCCGGACCACGUUCGAGCACUCACCAGAAUCAUAUACGAACACUGGGCGCUGCGGCGGACCACCAGUAGUAAUCGGGACUUGUCGCCUCAUCUCAAGUUCGAAACAGGACAGGAGUCUGACGAUUCGGAUCCGUACGUGUGUUUCCGCCGCCGUGAAUUGCGACAGAUUCGGAAGACGAGAAACCGCGAUCUUCAAAGUGCCGACAAGUUGCGAAAACUUCGUAUGGAACUCGAAAGUGCCCGUAACCUCAUGCUCAUGGUCAAGCGGCGUGAGCAGAUGCGAAAAGAAAGUCUCGAGAUCGAUCGGCUAGUAUUCGAGCAGCGCCAAGCAUUCCGUGAGACAAAGCGAAAACUCGCCAUCAAAGGCGAUGAGGAACUGCUGAUCAAUCAGAAGAAACAGAAGGUGACGCCGGGCAUGACUCCAAACCAAGCUGCGUUUGCACAGCAAAUGCGUAUGCCGGGGCUGCCACACGGUACAUCGCACGACCUGCGGACCUUGGAAGAAGUUUGGGGCGAGAAGACGCGGACAAUCCAGCAAGAGAUCCAUCUGAAUGUCGAGAAGCACAAGCGGUGGAACGAAGGAUAUGUCGAUAGAACGAAAGCGCCACUUACACCAGAGCCAGAACCGGAUGUCCAACAGCCAGAAUUCAGAAAAGCCAUGGCUGCACAAUUACCAACCCCGCCUGCUAGUAACUCGGAAGAGGAAACACAGCCGAAUGGAGAAGGUCAGAUUGAAUUGAAGGAGAGAUCGAGGUCGUCGACGCCGUUCCGCUAUGCUAGUCCCGUAGACGACAGCGACGGUCCAGAUCCUAUGCCCGCAUUCCGGCGACGAAUUGGUCGAGGUGGUCGGGUGAUGAUUGACAGACGCUUCCCGCUCCGCACCAAAGCACAGCCGGUCCAUGAUCCAGUUCUCGAUGACAGAUGGAAAUUCGAUACCGACCACUCCGACAGUGAAGUUGAAGACCAGGUCCAGAUACCAGAAUCCAGCCACAUUGCACUCCGCGCACAUCUGGCUGCACCUCAACAGCGACCCAUUGACCAGAGUACGACUGUCCCUGGACGCCGGCUCACCAUUCCGCAGUCCGAAAUGCCUGCUGUUGCCGCAUCGUAG